UACGUCACAGCGUUUUGUGUGGAGACGGAAGUCACGUGACGCGACUGGGAGUUCUGUCAUGUGAUGGUUCCUGUGUUUGCAGCGAAGCACUUUACAGUCAACAGACAAAAAAAAAACGCUUCUAAGACGAAAAACGCACACAGAGAAGAGACUGAACCUGCUGGACGGCUGUCAUGGGGUGCUGUUUCAGCAGCGAUAGCGAAACGUCGGAGCAGAAUGAAGAGGUAAAGCCAUUGAUUCCUGACCCAAACUUAAACAAAAUACCCACCAAUGGCUCGGAUCGAAACGCGGACAGCCUGCCGUCCAACCGCACGGAUGAACAGGCCCUGCUCACGACCAUCCUGCAGCGGACAGCCCUGAACAUAAUUGACGUGUCGGCUGUUGAUUCCCAAGGCAUGGAACAACAUGAAUACAUGGACAGAGCCAGACAGUACAGCACGAAGCUGGAGGUGUUGAGCAGAACGCUGUCUCAGAAGAAGCCGGUUCCUCUCCCGUCACUGACCAGCCAACCUCACCAGGUGCUCGCCGCUGACCUGGUCUCCUACUCAGAUGUACAGCAGGUGUCUAAGAUCGCUGCGUAUGCCUACAGCGCCAUCUCACAAAUCAAAGUAGAUGCCAAGGAAGAGCUGGUGGUGCAGUUUGCUAUACCAUGAUUCAAAAGAUGGACCUCCUUCCCCCCAGUUCCUCUGUUUCUGUCUCUAAUUCUAGCCCUUUUCACUCCUCCGUUCUCCUUCCAAACUUCUUGAGAUGCAGACGCCCGUGUCGUUGUUCUCUGAAUGCCCUGCAGAUAAAUAUAAUUCACCCCAACCAGAGCUCCUUGUGUAAAUCCGUCAGCCGCUGCCACAGCACAGAUCCGCGAGAGUAAAAACAUCUGAUCUUCUAUCUUUGCUUUGACGAGUUGCAUUUGAUCAGUUACCGGUAGUUUUAAUCAAACUCUUUUUCAACAAAUACAUCAGAAAUGUAUUUGAAAAUCUUUAGUUUAGUUUAGUUUUAUUUGUUCUUGUUGAUUCUUCUUCUGUUGGCUUUUCAAUGUCCUGAUUGGAGAUUGUUAAACCAAGUAGCACAUCCAGACUUCUCGAUUACUCUUAUACUUGUAUUAAAGUUAACUCUAUAUUUACUCAGUUUGGCUGGGUCAUCUUAACACUUAGGUUAUGGUUCAGUUCAGUAAUGAAAUUUGUUCUCCUGUAGAAUUCGGGAAUCACGGUGGUUUAGAGUUCAUUAUUUCUGAUUCAAUUUCAUAAUUGUAUGCACUGAGGUUCCAGAUUGGGAUGCAGAUUAAUAUGGGCAACAUAAAUAAUAUUUCUGUCUGACCAGAGUAACACACACAUAAUGUUGCAUUAACCAUCGUUUGUUUGUUUUUUAACUAAUUUGGAUGUAGAACUGUUUUGCGUGACUAAUCUGCUUGAAAUUCUAUCAAAUUCAUUUUCAACUGGUUUAGAUUUGAGUCUAUCACUGUUAACUACCCAAGAAGGUCCUGCAAACUGCAUUAAUUCCUGUUUUUGUUUUCCUCUAUUUGCUAAUAGACCUUAAUCAGGUUAGACGCCAUAUUGAAUUUUACACGGAUGAAAACGAGGUUGUGAUGCAUAGACUUACCUUAGAGUCUUUACAGUAGCACACACUGUAUAAAGAUAAUGUAUUUUCACAACUUUUAAACUAUUUAUGGAGUUUUUGUCUACUGAAAAUUUUCUUCGGAAAUAAGUUUCGUCAGCGCACUGUUAAACAACAGUACGAUCAAUUGAACGCACUGCACUUCAGUCCCUCACAGCCUCGUUUUCAUUCCUGUCAAUAUAUAUAUAUAUGCAUUUUUUAUGGCGGAGUGUAAAUAUCACGGUACGUUUGACCAAAGUACCUUUAAGGCAUUCUAUAGUCUUUGGUUUGACGUACCAUGCCACGUCAUAUCACUAAUUUCAUUUGAGAUUUUGAAUCCUCUGAAGUGGCUCUGCUAUUGCUUUUAACGGAAGAGAAAGUGUUUCUCUUACCGUGCACCUUUCCUAUAACCUUCAAACGGUCAUGCGAACACCGGUUAAACCGAUCCAGAACAGCGUGGCCUGUCUAACGAAUUAUCAUACCGUCAAAUCCUGGUGUUUUGGACGGGGAAGUGAGUUGUUGCGGCGGGAAUUCGUAGAUUGUAAAUGAUGUUUUGUGUCAAUACCUUUAAUGUACAGAGUGUAAAAUGAUUUGAGAUGAAUGAUUAAUACUUGUGUAGCGGGAAGUGUAAACGGCUCUACGAUCUGUAGCUUGUUUUUAGCUAAGCAAACGGGGACGCUUUUACCUUAACUGUUUCACUUUUAACAUAAUAAAAAUAUAUUAUUACAUUGCUUUAACUUAGUCUAUCUAAUUUUUUUUAUUUAAUUUUUUUUUGCUGUUGUGCCGGAAAACAAGGAACAAACUAGUGAAUUCAAACAACUAGCGUUCUUUCCUGAAUCCUGACAGAGUUUGAAAUGCCACACAGUAUGUUUGUGUAAUUAUUUAUUUUGAUUUUAUAUAUUUAUGCAAGCUCACAGACAGUGUGGCACAAUUCGCUCUCUAGAUCAUGGCAAGGCACUUUUGUCUUUCUUUGAGAUUUUUAAAGGGAUAAAAUGCACUGCAAUACUUUUUCUGUUGCCGUUUUUUCUAUUAGUGCUCAAGUUUGUUUGUUUGUUACCUAAAUGUGGAAUACUACCUGAUUUACAGAGAUAACUCUUCUUAGGCUAGUACCAAAAAUUUAGUCUCAAUAUUCUGUUGAAACUGUUUUUGUUGAAUGAAAUUAUGCAUUAAAGACUUUCAAAAUUAUAAAGCAUAAUUUUUUUUUGUCUUGUGUGUAGCAGAUAUACAUUGGUGGUGAGUGCAAGGAGAAAACUUUGUUCAUCCAUUCUUGAAUUGCUAAUUGCAAUUCUCAAAGAAACGUUGUGCCAUGGCUUUAAAGAUGUUCUAGUUAAAUGGACGUUUUUCUGUUGCUUAAGAUGUUUCACCACUUAUUCAUGUGGCUUCAUCAACAACUAAUGAAGAAACACUCUGGCUGACUAAAGCAACUCCAGCUCUACUACUAUUUUACAGUUUUGAAGGAGGCUAGAUUUAAAGUCAGCCUCUCUGUUGCAGAUCAAACCGUAGCUGUAACUCCACAUUCAUGUUUAUUAGAGUAUCAGGAUGUCGGGUGGAGAAGGUUCAGUCCACUUUGCUGUGACUCAUGGAUUUGUGUGGGUUUCUGCUCCUCUGCCAAACUGAAGUCAACUCCCGUUCCUGUUUAGUGACAGCGCUGAAAUCAAUCAUCUUCACAUGAGGAAGGGUGCCGAUCAAAUG